AUGGAAGGCAGAAACAAUUUACCACCUCCCCCGGCACAGCUCAUUCACCAGGGAGGUGUGGAGGAGAGUAAUCAUACUCCUGAUGGUGACAGGGGUCAAAAUCCUGGCCAGAGAGGUGGUGCUUUUCAGUCACUUGACCAAGCAGUGGAAAAGCCCGACAACCCGCUAGAACCAGUUCUCCUGCUUCAGGAACGGCUUGUGGAAGACCAGGAACUUUUCAGUCAAGUCCAUCAAAAUAGGACCAAGAUGCAGGGGUACUACAGAAAGACAGUUGAAGAUGACAGGGAGGAGAUGGUAGAGAACAUAUGGAAGAGAAAAGAUGGAGACAGAUUGUUCAGAGGUGAGAACACCACUGUGAAGACAGGCACAGACAGUUCAGAGACAGGAGCAACAACAAUGACGAUGACAACAACAAUGAGGAUGAGAGAUCAAGAGGCAGCUGUCUUUGGUAGACGUAAGAAAAGGUUUUUUUGGCCAUCUUACAAGGCAUUUAAUGGAUCUGCACACAAAGAGGGUGAGGCAUUCAGACUGUCUAAAGCACAAUCCCACAAUUCUCAGAGCAUUUUGGAUCUGUCCCAGAGUGUUCUGAAAGAAGACUCCUGGAAUUGGCACUCUCUCCUGCCUAACAGAGGACAAGCUGGGUCACCUACAGAAAAUGUACCUUUUCCUGCCACCAUUAAGUUUGAUAACCACUAA